CCAAUUGACAAGCAGAAGCUCUGCUGCCUGUGCUGUGCACUGUGCGGGAGGUAGAAUACGAUUUCUAGCGACGAGACCAGACUCCAUCAUCACAACAAUAACGCCGUACUUUUUAAAUAUGGCGGCCCUCAAAGUGUUGUCCCGAGCCGAGAGAUUAAUCUUCAGAAAUGUAUCAGGUGCAUCCAGACUGAACGUAAAUCUAGCAAGCCAGAUCAGCCUGAAGGCUUGUGGGUGCUACUUCUCCACGUCCAGCCAUAGAGAUUCCAGGUUCUGCUCCAAUGCCUUAGAUGCAGUGAAUGACAUCCCUGAUGGAGCCACGCUGCUUGUUGGCGGCUUUGGACUGUGUGGUAUUCCGGAGAACCUGAUCAACAGUCUACUGAAGACGGGUGUCAAGGGCCUCACAGCUGUCAGUAAUAAUGCCGGGGUGGACGACUUUGGCCUGGGGCUGCUUCUCCGGACCAAGCAGAUCAAGCGUAUGAUCUCCUCCUAUGUAGGAGAGAAUGUGGAGUUUGAGAGGCAGUACCUCUCAGGAGAGCUGGAAGUGGAGCUCACACCGCAGGGAACUCUGGCCGAGAGGAUCCGAGCGGGAGGUGCUGGCAUUCCGGCCUUCUUCACGGCGACGGGCUAUGGAACGCUGAUCCAGGAAGGAGGCUCCCCCAUCAAGUAUAACACAGACGGCACCAUUGCCAUCGCCAGCGACAAGAGAGAGGUCCGGGAAUUCAAUGGCAGGCAUUACGUCAUGGAGAAGUCCAUCACGGGCGACUAUGCACUGGUUAAGGCCUGGAAAGCUGACCGCGCCGGCAACAUUAUCUUCAGGAAAACGGCAAGAAAUUUCAACCAGCCCAUGUGCAAGGCAGCCAAAACCACAAUUGUAGAGGUGGAGGAGGUGGUGGACGUUGGUUCGUUUGCUGAGGAGGACAUCCAUAUUCCCAGCAUCUACGUGCACCGGAUCGUGCAGGGCGGCAGCUACGAGAAGAGGAUAGAGAGGAGAACAGUGAAGAAAGCUCAAGACCAGAAUCCAAAGCCAAAGAAGGACUCUGACAUUGUGAGGGAGAGGAUCAUCCGCCGCGCUGCCCUCGAGUUUGAGGAUGGAAUGUAUGCUAACCUGGGUAUCGGCAUCCCCAUGCUGGCCAGCAACUUCAUCAAGCCCGACAUCACCGUCCACCUGCAGAGCGAGAACGGCAUCCUCGGCCUGGGCCCAUAUCCUACAGAGGAGGAGGUAGACGCUGACCUCAUCAAUGCAGGCAAGGAAACUGUCACCGUCCUCCCCGGCGCUGCCUACUUCUCCAGCGAUGAGUCCUUUGCCAUGAUUAGGGGCGGCCACAUUAAUUUGACCAUGCUGGGGGCCAUGCAAGUGUCCAAACAUGGAGACCUGGCCAACUGGAUGAUCCCGGGUAAAAUGGUGAAAGGCAUGGGUGGUGCAAUGGACCUGGUGGCGAGCGCUGGAACUAAAGUUGUGGUGACAAUGGAACACUCUGCAAAGGGUGGAAAGCACAAGAUUCUGGACAAGUGCAACCUUCCCUUGACGGGCAAGCAGUGUGUGGACCGGAUCAUCACAGAGAAGGCUGUCUUUGAUGUGGACAAGGCCAACGGCCUCACUCUGAUUGAGGUCUGGGAGGGGUUGACCCCAGAAGACAUCAAGACAUGCACAGGCACAGAUUUUGCAGUGUCUGCUGACCUGAAGCCAAUGCAGCAGAUCUGAGCCCCUGCAGAGGAGGAAGGAGGGAGUGCGGUCCGGAAUACAGGCCCUAGUGUUCGUUCGUCCAGGAAGAGAUCAAACUAAACUAAACAUUUCCUUCCAUCCAUCCAUCCAUCAAUCAAUGGCUACCAAGAAUGUAACAUAAUGAGGAUAAAUCAUGGAAUUAACUGUUACCACCCAUGUUACUUAACCACCCAUCGCCAACAUGCAUUAUAUGAACUCUCAGGUUAGACGUACCAUCUGGCCAAUAUGUCCGAGAGACAUAACUCAAAUCGGCAACUAUGAUCAUUUAGGGUUAGUGGCUGCAGUGUAGUGUGAGAGAUUGAUUUUUUUCUUGAAUGAUGGUAAUACAUUUAUAACAGUUACAGUAUAAGCUCAGAUCUUGGAAAGUGUUGAUGAUGUUGCAGAUGUCAGGUUUUUUAUUUAUAGAUUAGGGUUUUUGUGGGUUUUUAUGCUGCAUCGUAACACCUACAGUAAAAGGCAGUUCACAUCUUCAAUGAGAACUAUAAAGAUAACAACUUAAUCUUUGUAAAGUUAUAACUCCAGUGAAUGUUGCCGUUCACCUACCAACGGUAAACGACAACGGCAUGCUGAAAGGUAUUGUUGGGUCACUUUCAGAGUGAUUUUUCUGAACUAUUAAUUCAUUAAAGCAAAACUGAGUUCUGAAUGAUGUGUAGAUGCCAUGCCUUAUGCUUGUGGAUGUUCAUGAUAAACAGGAGUUAUCGUUGGCAAGUUUGAGAAGAAACAUUGUUAUAGGUAUAAUUUACUUUAUAGCUACCAUUGUAAAUGUGAACAGCCUUUUACCCAAGAUCACCCAUAAAAAGUGGUUUUCAUUUUGCAUUUCAUUUGCACAUACUGUUAUAUCAGUCAGCCAUGUUAAGAUUCAGCUCGAGAGCAAUCACUAACAACAUUGCAUCUGCCAGAGCUAUGAGGCCUUACAUAUUUUACUCUCACAUGGUUUUCAAGUCCUUUGUACAUAUCAGAUAGGUUAGGAUUUUUUUCUAAUGUGCGAAUGGGAUGAACAUUUUUAUUCUCUAAAAAAUGGCAUGCCUAGAAUUAAAUUAAAAUAAACAAGUGGUUUUGAAAUGUU